AUGGCGUCGCGUCGAUGUGUUCGCAUUUAUGUCAGUCACAUUGAACUUACAAAUUAGGCGCUUAACGGAGUUCUCCUUUCAUUUGAACGUCUAAAGUAUAAAAACUGGAACAGUUUUAGCAUGGCUCGUUCUAAAAGAUCAAGGAAGCGAGGUAAACAUGAGGUUGAAAGUAAAGAAGAGGUUUAUGAUGAGCCAGAUCCUGAAGGAGAUGAUUAUUUUCACGAUGACAUUGACAAAUUUCAUGCUGAGAGGGAAAAGAUUCUUUUAGAUAGUAGUGUCUACAACAAGGACAAGGAAGAAGGUUUUGAUACUGAAAAUCAACAGGAUGAAGAAGUAAUAGCCUUGGACAUUGGUGAUUCUGAUGAGGAGAGUGAUGACAGUGAUGAUGAUGAUGAUGAUGAAAGUGAUAUUAAUACAGAUGACUUGGAGGAGGAUGAUGAAGUUGAUGAGGAAGAUGAAGAAGAAAGUGGAAAGGAGGAAGAUGGUGGGAAAGGCAUGCCAAGUCAAAAGUCUUGGGGUAGAAAGAAAUCUGCAUUUUAUGAUGCUGAUAUUGUUGAAGAAUAUGCAGGAUCUGAUGAGGAGAUGGAUAAGCUGGCGGAAGAAGAAGAGGAAGAGGCUCUGGCCUUACAGAGACAAAUUGCUGCUUCUUUAGAAGAACAAGAUUUUGAUGCUGCAGAUUUUGAACUUCCACAAACACCUCACAAGAAAGUAAAAGAAGUAGAACUAAAUAAGGAGAAGGUUGUUCAAGACCUCACAAAGUUGUCAAAGACUGAAAAGAUUCAGAUUUUGAUUAAAGAUUCUCCAGAACUUCUGGGUCUCCUGGAUGAAUUCAAAUUAAAGCUGAAAGAAGUCACAGAAAAAUUGCAUCCUCUUGUGAAGAUGGCUCGAGCAGGCCAAGUCCCGAAAGAGGGUGCAGACUAUCUUGAACUGAAACACCAGCUUUACCUCAAUUAUUGUGUCAAUAUUGGGUUUUAUUUGCUGUUGAAAGCCAGACAAACUUCUGUGAGAGAUCAUCCGGUGAUUGAACGACUUCUCCAGUACAAAAAGCUCCUAACAGAACUUGAACCACUAGAUGAGAGGUUUAAGCCGGAGAUUGAAGAGUUUCUUACAAAGAGCCAAAUCUUACGCCAAAACGGUACACAAAAGGAAAAUGAUAGCAAAGCUGACAGUAGUCAGGAACAAUCCGAAAAACCUCAAAAGUCUGUAAAGUUGUCAAGUCUUCUCGAUGAUAGCGAUGACGAUUACGGCGAAGCAGGAGACGGUAAAAAUGAAAACAAAGCGAAGAAAACAUCGGAGAAAGGAAAAGAAGGCAAAUUGAAUAAACUUCAGAAGGGCAUUAAAGGAAAAAGGAAGAUGGAGGAGGAUGUUGAGGAGACAGACCCGUUAGAAUACUAUGAAGCAGUCAGGCUGCAGAAGAAAAUGAAAAGAGAAGCUAAGGAAGCAGCUUAUCGUUUCACGCCUGAACAGUAUGAUGCAAAGGAAGAAGAGAGCGAGGAGGGAAAAAGAGGAAUUACCUACGAGAUUUCUCAAAAUAAGGGACUCACAGCCAAGAAGAAAAAGGAACUUCGCAAUCCGCGUGUGAAACACAGAAGAAAAUUCUACAAGGCUCAGAUAAAGCGUAAGAGUCAGGUUCUACCGGUUGUAAAUGAGCAGAACCGGUAUGGUGGCGAGAUGACAGGAAUUAGGUCACAUCUCACCAGGAGUAUCAAAAUCAAAUGAAAAAUUAUUAACUAUAUUAAUUCUCCAAUACACUCUCUCCUCAUGCAGUUAAUAGUUGGACCCAGGAGUAACUGACGGUCAGAUCACACGAUCAAAUUCUCUCCCUAUUGUAGAACAUCUAGAAAGCUUUAAAUUGUCGUGAAUUUGAAUCCUACUUUGUCUUGUAUUUCAAUAAAGGAGAAGCCAUUAUUAUGGAG